GCCAGGCUGCGGGAUGGGCACGCUGCCCGCUCCUCUCCAGCCACAGCCCUGCCCCAGCCCAGCCCUCUGCCCCUGCCGCGGGAGCUGAAGCCCCGUGGGCCUGGCGCUUGGGAAGCGAGGGAGGGUGUGCUGGGGAGGGCUGGCACGGGGGUGCGCAGCCUGCCCGCCCCUCCCGGGCCUCCUUCCCAAAGGCGGGCGGCAGCCCUGUGCCUCCCCUCGUGACCGUGAUAAACAUUACACCGAGGCUGUUAAUGUUUAAUGAGAUUUGUCUCCCAAUUAAUGUGCUUUCCCGUGGGCUCCCGCUACCAGAGCGAAGACAUCCAGCCGCCGACACGCUGACGCCAUGGGUGACGAACAAGCGCCCGAGCAGGGCCUGGACAGGUUCAGCUAUGACUAUGACACCAUCCGCAAUGGGGGGCUGAUCUUCGCUGUCGUGGCUUUUGUCAUCGGGCUCAUCAUCAUCCUCAGCCAGCGGUUCCACUGCGGAGGGAAGAAGAAGAGGAGACAGGGAAACGAGGAGGACCUGUAGCUGCAGAGCCACCAUGGAAGCAGAGCUUCGUCCAAAGCAGAGAAGUCCUUGCCAAGGGCCACCCCUUAUCCCGCUCCAGUGGAUCCAUUACCCUGCUCACCCCGGGCGAGGCCAGAACACAAAUUGCCCUCGUGCUUUCCCCUCGCUAGAUCCAGUAAGAGUUUCUUGGCUAAUA